CCACCCAUUUCAUGAGGUGUGAUGGAUGUCAGCGAAACGAAUAGAGAGCGCACACCAGUCCACCGCACCCACCAGACCAGCGUUCCAGAAUCAUUUCAGCACACUUCACAUCGCGUUUUAUCUAGACAGUUAUUCGGGCUAUCGACACAGAAGCACGACGCGGUCGAUGGAAAAGGCGAGAAGAUGAUACUGUGAAGAGGGUAGACAUGGAAACCCGACGCUGAGUUCCUUUAAUUGUGACCAUAAGACACAAUGGCCAAACAGUACGAUGUGCUGUUUAGACUCUUGCUUCUCGGAGACUCCGGGGUCGGAAAAACCUGUUUAUUAUGCAGAUUCACGGACAAUGAAUUUCAUCCCUCUCACAUUUCCACAAUCGGUGUCGAUUUCAAAAUGAAGACUUUAGAGAUUGAUGGCAUCAAAGUACGAAUACAGAUAUGGGACACAGCAGGCCAGGAGAGAUAUCAGACCAUCACUAAACAGUACUACAGAAGAGCGCAGGGUAUCUUUCUGGUGUAUGACAUCACAAGCGAGCGCUCAUUUCAGCACAUCAUGAAGUGGGCCAGUGAUGUAGAUGAGUAUGCCCCUGAAAAGGUGCAGAAGAUACUUGUCGGGAACAAGUCUGAUGAAGAACAAAAGAGACAGGUAGCAACAGAACAGGGAAAUAAGCUUGCCAAAGCUUAUGGGAUGGACUUUUUUGAGACAAGUGCCUUUACCAACCAAAACAUUACAGAGUCUUUCACACGAUUGGCUGAAUUAGUGUUACAAGCCAAUAAAAAGGAUCUUGAUUUGUUGGGAGGCUCCAUUAAUGACGAGUUCAGUCUCGCUGUUUUGGAGGAGCAGGAAGGAUUGCGCAAUGCUGGCGAUAACACCAGUAAGUCCUGCUGGUGCUGAGGACGGGAAGUGACACGACCACCCUUUCACAUGAUAUUUAUUUCCGUAUUUAUGUUGCAUUUUGAAUAUCCUUUUGAAUAAUUACAUAUUCCUGUUAAACGGUGUUUGGUGCCUUUAAUGGCUUAUUUAUUAUUGAUUGUUAUUAUUUAAUAUGAAUUACUAUUUAUUUUAUUGUUAAUUAAUAUAAAUUAAGCUGAAACCUUUAUGAGUGUUUCCUGUCUCAUUCAUCUUUAGUCAUUUCUAUAACAUUUCUCAGUUAUAUAUUUCAGUUCAAUCAGACGACACAUUGAGAGUCAGUCCUAUAUUUAUUUAACAGAUAUGAGGGAAAGGUCUAAGUAUCAGGCAGCAUUUUGGGGUAUAUUUUAUGUCAUAUGGAUUUAUAGCUGGAGCCCUCAAAUUUACAUGUAAUUCUUUUUGUCUUAUGCUGUGGGACAAAAAUAAAAAUACUAUGAUCGUGUACCUCGUGUUGUUUCCAAACCUGUAUGACUUUCUUUGGUUGAACACAAAUUAUCUAAUUUUGUUAGUACAGUGAAAGCAGAUAUAAAUUUCUUCUUUUGUGUCAUAUGGGCUUAGAACAAUAUGACAAAAAGUGAAAGAUCGCAGCAUUUACAAUUUUGAGUCAAGUGUCCAUUUCAUGUGAACCUAUAUCUAAAACUAUUUGAAGGACGGGGUCCCUUGAAAUCUAUGAUUUCCCUUGAUGAAGCUACCUUUUCACCUCACUGUAACAAAAAAAAUGCUUCUUUGCUGUAAAGGCACCGUAAAAAUAUUGUCACCUAACAUACUGCUUUCCAGUUUUAGUCCACUGUGAUUGUAAAUUAAUGCAGUUUUUUUUAUUUCUGUAAAUUAAUGUACAAAAAAUAACAUUAUUUCAUCUGGUAUUUUAUAUCAUUGUAACACAAACCUCUCUUAUUCCAUAAGUACUCUUCACGGUGAGCUAGGUUGAAAUAUGUUGACGUUAUGCUAUAAAUGAUUCUAGUUUGACAUUCACCGCAGCAACUAAUUAUUACCGUAGCAACACCGGAAUAAGGUUUAUAUCCUGCUUUGAUCAAUGUCAUUUCCAUCCCAACCUGGGUGAAAUUUAUGCAGAACUGUUUUGAUAGCGUGGUACAGCUCCAUGAGGCCUGUGUGCAGUGCUGAAGUGACAUGGGUUUUAUUGCAAAUGGUUACAUGUAUAUUGUACUACUGCAACAUUUAUAUGUGCAAGUGCUAUUGUACUACGUUGAUUUGAAUGAACUCUUGAAUAAUGCUACUGUUUGCUUGUUAUUUGCAAAACUUGAAUGAAAUAUGUCCACAAAACAAUUUGAUACAUUUAAAUGUGUAUGUGGUUAUUUAUGUACAAUUAUAAAAUAAUCAGA